UUAGUUAGAUCUAGGUUUUUACAGUGUGACGUAGAACACGCCACGAAAAGUAUAAAAGUAUCAUGCUAGAGCUUAAAACACGAAAUUGAAGACAAUACGUGACUCAUUAAACUAAAUACGUUUAUCAAAACACAACCGAGGUCACCAGUUACCAUGUUGUUCGAAAACAUAGAUGCUGUGAGAGAAAAAGCAGCCACUCUUUUUGAAAAAACCCCAUCUUCCAUUAAUCAAGACACCCAAAUCAUAAAACAAUGGCUAGAAACACAACCGCACUUUCCGGAACUGAUGGACGAUAUCAAAAUCGCCAACUUCCUGCUCCUCAACAAAUACAGCAUAGAAAAAACCAAGCAAAAAAUCGACCUGUAUUACACCAUUCGGAGUUUACUUCCUGAUAUCUUCGACAAUGUCAACCCCAAGUCGAGCCAAAUGCGCCACUUCAUGGAUGUCACCUACUGCUGCGUGCACCCGAAAACCCUGGACGGUCUCUACAGAAUAUAUUUCUUCAAAGUCAAAAACGUGAACAAUCUGAUGCCCAAAGAGUUUGGUUUACAGUGUGGCAAUAUCGCCGAAGUACGACUUUACGAAGACUGCAUGGUGGGCGACGUGAUCAUUUUUGACAUGAGCACGUUGUCUUUAAACGACCUGACGAAAGUCAAUCCGGUACUAUUGUCAAAAAUUUUAAAAAUUUAUGAAGUGUUUUCAAUGAGGGUGAAACGCAUAUACAUCAUCAAUAGUCCGUCUUACGUAGGCAAACUUUUACAAAUCGUGAAAAUGGUAGUCAAGCCAAAAAUUUUCUCAAGGAUUCAAGUUCACGACGACGACAACAUUUUGAAGGAGAUUUUCACCCAAGACGAGCUACCAAAGGACUAUGGAGGCGACGGUCCCUCUUUGGACUACUUGAACGAAAUGAUCACCACCAAAUUUGACGAGUACCAAAACAGAUUUGACCUUCUAGAUGCAAUGAAGGUCGACGAAAGUAGCAGACCUGACAAGACGACGAACGACGAAAUUUUGGGUUUCCAUGGCAACUUCAAACAACUGAACGUCGAUUGAGGAAGAACUGGUUCCUACAGUGGAAAAUUCCACCACUUGAUCUAUAAUCAAUGGCGAUAAUCAACUUCUGUAAACAACACACACUUGAGACUUAAAUAAAUGAAUAAAAUUUA